AUGCUCCGGACCUGCCGAGUGCUCUGUUCCCAGGCCAGUCCCUCUGCUGGGGGCUGGCGGCCCCUGAACUUUGAUGGUGGGGCCUUCCACCUCAAGGGCACAGGAGAACUCACACGGGCUCUGCUGGUGCUACGGCUGUGUGCCUGGCCCCCUCUGGUCACCCAUGGCCUGGCGCUCCAGGCCUGGUCUCAGCGCCUCCUGGGCUCCCGGCUCUCGGGUGCGCUCCUCCGAGCAUCCAUCUACGGGCAGUUUGUGGCUGGCGAGACAGCAGAGGAGGUGAGGGGCUGUGUCCAACAGCUCCAGACCCUGGGCCUCCGGCCCCUGCUGGCAGUGCCCACUGAGGAGGAGCCAGACUCGGCUGUCAAGACUGGCGAGGCCUGGUAUGAAGGCAACCUUCACGCUAUGCUGCGCUGUGUGGACCUGUCACGAGGCCUCCUGGAGACCCCCGGCCCGACUGGGAACAUCCUCAUGCAGCUGAAGAUGACAGCGCUGACCAGCACUUGGCUCUGUAAGGCGCUAACCUCAUGGGUCAGAAGGCCAGGGGCUUCCUUGGAGCUGAGCCCCGAGAGGCUGGCAGAAGCCAUGGACUCUGGGCAGGACCUCCAGAUCUCUUGCCUCACUGCGGAGCAAAACCAGCAUCUCCAGGCUUCUCUGAGCCGCCUGCAUCGGGUGGUGCAGCAUGCCCGGGCCCAGCACGUGAGGCUCCUGGUGGAUGCUGAGUACACCUCGCUGAACCCUGCCCUCUCUCUGCUGGUGGCCGCCCUGGCCGCGCGCUGGAACCGCCCCAGGGAAGGCGGGCCCUGGGUGUGGAACACUUACCAGGCCUAUCUGAAGGACACACACGAGCGGCUGCAGCAGGAUGCUGAGGCUGCAGACGGGGCUGGCCUGGCCUUCGGGGUGAAGUUGGUCCGAGGGGCGUAUCUGGACAAGGAGAGAGAGGUGGCCCGGCUCCAGGGGACCGAAGAUCCCACUCAGCCUGACUGCGAGGCUACCAGUCAGAGUUACAGUCGCUGCCUGGAGCUGAUGCUGACCCACGUGUCCCGCCGUGGCCCCGUGUGCCACCUCAUGGUGGCUUCCCACAACGAGGAAUCUGUUUGCCAGGCGACCAAGCGCAUGUGGGAGCUGGGCAUUCCUCUGGACGGGCCCGUCUGUUUCGGACAACUUCUGGGGAUGUGUGACCAUGUCUCCCUGGCACUGGGGCAGGCCGGCUACGCUGUAUAUAAGUCCAUCCCCUAUGGCUCCCUGGAGGAGGUGAUCCCCUACCUGAUCCGGAGGGCCCAGGAGAACCGGAGUGUGCUGCAGGGCGCCCGCAGGGAACAGGAGCUGCUCAGCCAAGAACUUUGGCGGAGGCUGCUCCGGCGGGGCCUAAGUACCCUCGCAGCCCGCAGACCCGUAGUCCUCUCCUCCCUCGGACCCCAGCCACUGCGCUCAGAUCCCACCUCAGGGCCCUUCCCCGGCCUGCAGCCCUUGCCCUCGGACUGUCCUCCCCUGGACCCCUACUCCCUCACAGCCCGUAGAUCCCAGCCCCUCUCAGAUCCUAACCCUCAGAUGGAGUGCCCCGCCCUCAGAUUUCCAGAUCCCCUUCAGCUCUCAGAUGUGCUUAGCCCCCUGACCUUCUGGAUCCCAGCCAGCUCUGUCUUUAUCUCCCUGGAGGUCCCGCCCUUCACUUCCUCCUGCCCUCAUGAGCCCCCCUAG